GUUUGGAAGACAUAAGCAAUUCAGAACUUUACAGAGGCAAAAAAGAGACAAGAACUUCACCAUUAUUGCCAGUCUCUUUAAAAAUGCGUCUAAUCACCUACAUGUUCUCUACAUGUCUUUGCUUGUGGCUCUUUUUCUCUUCUAUUGCCUACACCCCCACUCUUCCUCAUCGAGACCCUGUUCCAGAAGCCGUCGUUCAACAUGUUCAGAGGCACUUCAAAUGGGAAGUGGAGUACAUGUUUGGAAUUCCAGAUUGCGUGGUGGGAAUUAAUGGGCAGUUUCCAGGGCCAACCAUCAGAGCUAAAGCUGGAGAUACAAUUUCUGUUGAGGUCACUAACAAACUACACACUGAAGGAGUUGUGAUUCACUGGCAUGGAAUCACAAAGCUUGGAACACCAACACCAUGGGCAGAUGGGAUUGCUUCCAUCAACCCUGGAGAAACUUUUCUUUACAGAUUCAAAGUUAACAAGGCAGGAAUAUACGUUUACCAUGGACACUUUGGGAUGCAAAGAUCAGCAAGGCUGUAUGGAUCUCUGAUCAUAGAUGUGGGAGAUGGAGAAAAAGGGCCUUUCCAUUAUGACGGUGUUCACGACCAAGAAGUAGAUCUAUCCUCUAAGCCAUUCCGUUGGACUCGUGGGCCAAGGAAACUACUGAUUAAAGACGACAAAGAGAUCAGACGAAACAUGGCAAGCGUCCACGGGAGCAUAUCAAAUCCAUCUGGCUCUGAAAGUUUUUCUCCGGAUGACCAACUCCCAUAACAAGAGACACUGACUUGUUGUAGAAGAUACGCAGAAACCGGCUGUGAAGACUAAGAUUUUGUUUUUUUUAUUAUAUUUGGAGAUUGAGACGAGUAGGAUGUUCUUUUAUCCUGUCAAGAUAUCAAGGUUAUAAUGUCAGAUAAUGAAAGACUUGAACAAAGAAAAAACUGUUUUUUCUUUUUCUUUUUACGUUUUUUAAGUGAACCAGCACAAAUUUAAGAAUUUCUCUAUCUAAUGUUGAUGCUUCAAUUUAGAUUGAGCUACCUUCUUUCGAGCAACAAAAGAGUUAAAACAAAGAGAAAUUGAUGAUACUUAUCC